AGCAUUAAUUAAAUAUUCAUCAUCUACAUCGAUUCCCAAAACAACUAAAUUACAUCCAUCCAUUUCAUACUCCAUACGCUUCCAAACUGGUUUUACCAGUCCAACCUUCCCUUUCCAGUUGAUGUUAUUCAUGAUCAGCUCCAUCCAUCAAAUCCAGCCUUCAACACCCAGCACUUUACUCCUUUCUGUAUGAUCUAGAUACCGUACAGAUCCCAUUCACUUUGCCACGGUCACGGCCACUGCUUCUACUGCUGCUACUGCUACUGCUACUGCUACUUUCUUCCUAUCUUCUUUGGCAAAUCUACCUACUUACUUACGGCAUUACUUAUUACUGGCAUAUUUGAAAUCUCACGAAACAAAGCCUUGGAACCCAUGACACCUUUUGGCAUAUUUUUAUAAUGAAAUAUGUAGGCUUCGUAAUACACCAACCCAAAUCUAGGAUCUUUUUAAUUGUCUUUGAUUCGAUUAAAGAACUAUAUUAUUCUGGUCGCCAACUUUACCUGCCUAUUAUUUGCCAUCUCUCUCAAUAUUUUAUCACGGUACUUGGAAUUACUACUGUACAUACGUACGUAUGUACAUACCACACAUCCACACAUCCAUCCAUCCAUCCAUCCAUCCAUCCAUCUAUCUAUACACACAUACUCCCUUUCCGAGCCUCAUCGAUAUCGCGUCUCCUCUGCUACAAACUUCAAACAACAUUCGAUCCGAUCAAGAUAGAGAAGAAAAUAGCAUCCGACUCUCAAACCAAUAUGGCAUCAGAUGCAUCCAGAAGAUGGCUUGAUGAGUCAGGUAUUUGGAGCUGUCGAAUCAAGGUCCCACCACAAUCGCAUGUCGACAAUUCAAGAGCAAUAGAUAAUAUCAUUUUCAACAUUAACUCUAUCAACGUGGCUGCAAAUAAUACAAUGGAUUCCGCUUUGGAGAUGACAAGUCCUGGCCGUAAGGCCCAGCUCGCGGAAACGAUUCAAUCUAUGGCGAACUUGAAUAGUAACAUUGAGAAUAUGGAGUCACCCAUGGAUCCGGAUGCCCAGGCAACAAUCACAGACUUUCUCGAUUUUACGGAAUAUCUCCCUUCGGAUUUGGUUCGGUCAUUGGCACUUAUUAGUGACCUCGAUGAGAAAUAUGUCAAUGCUUCAUCGAACUUGAAUGACUUGACGAAAACCUAUGGUCACCUUCCCGAUCUUCCUGCCGAUACAAAACCUGACCCUGUCUCUUUGCGAAAAGAUAUAUCUACCAGCUUGACUGAUGCCCUCGGUGCACGUACAUUGGCUUUUGCAGAAGCAUCGCAUCUGGUGGAGAACGUAGAGAGACAUUACAAAAGGGCCCAGAAUAUAUUGGCGAAGCUUCAGACCAUGGCCGAAAGCUAUCCCGAAUCUCGAGAAACAAGUCCUGUCCCGCAGAAGCCAAAUUCACCUGUCGCAAAUCGAUUGCCAGGAAAAUUACUUUUGCGGACUGGAAACCCUGAUGGUCGUAUGCGUGUUCGCAAACAACGCGCGCCAAUCAUCACUGUUCCUGGUGAGGUCAUGGCUCCAUACGAGCUCGACUACGAUUCUUAUGACUCGUACAGUGAUGAUUCGGAAUCCGACGCUGGUCCACCCACGCCACGUCGGCAGACACCUGCGAGAUCUGUAUCGGUCAAUCCUAAAAUCAAGUUGAAGGUCAAGCAAGCUAAGAAAGAGAAAGUACCAAAAGCCCCCCGGACACCAAGGCCACCUGGAGUUAUGGGAACAAACGUGCAUAGUGCGGUUGCCGGAAUAUCAACAAGUAACGCGCUAGCGAAACUCCAACCUCCACCACCGGAUGCGAAAGCGGGAACCGAAGAUGCGCCUUGGCUUCAGUUGACCGCAUGGGAGCUUGCGAAGCUCAGAAAGAGAAUGAAAAAGAAUGCGGUAUGGAGCCCGAGCGAUACAAUGAUCGCACGUGAAUUAAAACAGUUGGGACGAGGAAUUGAAGCGUAUCGUACUGCAAAGAGUAAGGCUGACGCUGCAGGACAGCCUUUCGAACAAUCGGUACCACCCCAACUCACCGGGAAGACAGUUAUCGCCGAAGGUGCUAUAAGUGCAGAAGCCUUAGGCACAGAGGAGAUACAACUUAGCAAUCGUGGUAUGAAGCUUAACGAAGCCAAGAAAUUAAAGAGAGAGGCAGCCGCAAAAGAGCUUGCCAAAUUGGCGGCUGAAGAAGCUGAAGAAUCUGUACGAAAGAUGACAGAAGCUGCUAGUACAGUAAAAAGCCUUUUUGGGAAUCAUCCCGAAGAGGAGAAGAAAGAGAAAGAGAAAGAAAAAGAAAAAGAGAAAGCUCCUACUAAAACACCUAAGAAGCAGCCAGCAUCGAAAAAACGAAAACGCGAGUCCACUAUCGAAGAUGUAAAGGCGAAUGGCGAGGCAACCCCUUCGAUUAUAGAUGGCAUAACUGACACGAAUGACGCUCAAGGUGAUAACGUGAAUGAAGUAGAUUCUUCGAAAUUAGGUAAGCCUCAAUUCAAGAGAACGAAGACUGAAACCCCGGUUCCACCCCCUCAUCCCAUUAUCACAAAUGCCACUCCCCGCGCAACUCCUGUACCAACUUUGGAAUCUGCCGUUUCCGUGGCAUCUUCCAUUGCUCUAUCAGUACCAAAUACAGAUACACCAAUCAGUUCUACCCCGGUUGCGUCAGUAACGGCUACAUCACCACCAAAAUCCUCAACGCCAAUUCUUCCUCCGGGUGCGGAAAAGAAGGAGGCCAAGAAAGAGGCGAGAAAAGCAGCAGCGGCUGCUAGAAAAGAAGCCAAGGAAGCCGCAAAAGCAGUUGUGGAAUCGGAAUCGGCAGAAAAGAAGGAAGAUCCAAAAUUGGAAAAGCUAGAGAAGACAACUAACACACGUGCCACUCGAAAAGCAACUCCGGUUGCUCAAGUAAUUGAACCCACUACACCACCGGUAUCAGAACCCCUCCCAGCCAAAAGACCAACAUCUUCUCGUGGUAAAGCAGCCGCUGCAAAGGAAGCGGUAGCUGCCGCCGCCAUCAAAGCAGAAGAGCCCAUUUCUGCAGCUCCUAUGCCAGCAGCAUUAGAUCGCCCUAGACGUACUAGCACAGCUCGUAACACACCGGCACCAGAAACUCGUCAACCGAGCAAAAGAGCUAAAAGGCCUGCUCCAGGUGUUGUAACUCUUACUACAGAAGGUGGAUCUACUGCUGUAAGUGUUGGCAAAAGACGUGCUGCCCCACGCAAAAAAGCAGGACAGAAAAAGGAAAAGAAAGAUGGUAGAGAAGGCAGUGCGGUUCAAGAAGUUUUGGAUGAGGUAGAUGAUGAUGGAAAUUUGAUUGAUCCAAACGAACAGAGAUAUUGCAUUUGUAACCGGGUUAGCUUUGGCACGAUGAUUGCUUGUGAGAAUGAUAAUUGCGAGAAAGAAUGGUUUCAUCUAGAAUGUGUGGAGAUGACGGCUGUUCCCCCUAGAACCACUAAGUGGUAUUGUCCGGAUUGUAGGAUUAUUUUGGGGAUUGGUGAGAAAGGGGAGGUCAACGCUAGAGGGAGGAAAAGGUAA